GUUUCUCAGGCGCGCAAAGGGCGGUGUCUGCGUAUCGGACGCGGUGAGGUGACUCCACGCAUGACUCCGGGGUAUGUAGGUGCCAAGAGCGGGUCUGCCCGUUGCCGCCACUUCAUCAACCUCCACUUCAUCACCACACUAUCUUCCUUCAUUGACAACGACCACCGAAUAUACCGCUGAGACACAAUCUGAGACACGAGCUAUGCCUUUCACCAGCUAGUGAUUGCCGAGAGGCAGCCAGUCACAACUCGCCAUUGAGUUGUCAACCACUUCCAUCUGCGAAGUCCUCAGCGUUUGCGCGUAAUCCAUCAAGAUGCUACCAUUAUUAUCAAAACUUUUCCGGACGCACUACUCCCAUACGAACUCCAGAUCCUUACGGGCUUGACGUGACACGUGAGAGCGACACUACAUGACAGUACAAUCAACACCACAACCGACAUUCGCAUCAACUAGACUGCGAACUUGAACAAUUAUAACUAUGGCCUCCAUAUUCACCUUCGAUCCGGAUCCGCCACGUGUGUCUUCGCCAUGGGCUACGCCCCCAACUGGGACAGGAACCAGCUCUCCUGCGCUUCCGCCGGUGGGCAAGCGAACCUCAUCCAGACUGGGCCUCGACAUAGUGCUGGCAAGCACCCAAAUCCCCAUUAUUGACAACACGACUGUCACGCGCCUGGAGGCUGAGCCGCAGGAGGGCCCCACCGAGUACAAACUCCAUCUGCUCUUGAAACGACGCAGAUCGUUUACUCGCUUCAGCACCGGGCUGCGCGCUUCCGGCUCGCUCCGUCGCGGCGAUGGAACGAGCUCAAUUGCCGUGAACCGUGCCGUCUCCGAGUCCGGACCUCUGGGCAACACCCCGCCUCCAUUGACUUCCAUCCAAUCGAGGCAGCACCGGCUGGAGCAACUGACUACUCAACUACUGUGGCGUCUGCAGCAGUCGUGCCCUUACCACAUCUCCUCAUCGACAGCCCCACUCCUCCCGCAUCUUCCGGACGAUGCCAAGCUCACCACGCCUGAAAUGCCGCAGCGGCUGCUACCCGGCUUGGAGGAGAGCAAGGGUGCGCUGUACGAGAUCGGCGUCGCAGACGACGGGUCGAUCGUCGGUCUGGCAGAGGACGAGAUGGAGGAGAGUCUGAACAACCUGCGCGCCAUGGCGGCGAGUCUUGGCUGUCGCGUCGAGGUGCAGCGAAUGCUUUGUGUCGGCGAGUGCGAGUGGGUUGACUACAGCACCAAAGAGCGGAAAGUGCGCACUUCGAAGCUGCUGGCUGCUGAGGCUUUGGUCAGCCCGGACCAGCACCUGGUGGACACCUCAAAGGAAGCCCAGAAGGAUGCGAAGGAUGUCCCGACAAACGCCUCUGCCAACACUGCGAUACCAGCGAUUGCACUAAACGAGACCCAGUCUGGUGUCGAGCAGCUGCGGGUCUCGCUCAUCGGCGCCACCAUGUCUGGAAAGUCCAGCCUGCUUGGCACCCUCUCCACAGCAACGCUCGACAACGGGCGUGGCAAGAGCCGCCUGAGUCUGCUGAAGCACAGACACGAGAUCGCCUCGGGUAUGACCAGCUCCGUCACGCAAGAGCUCAUCGGCUAUCGUGAUGUUGCUGAGCCGGGCGGUGAGGUCUCGACCCAAGUCAUCAGCUACGGGUCAGGUGAUGUUGAUGCUUGGGUUGAUAUCCACGCUGCUGUGGAGGCUGCACAGGAGGGUCGUCUGGUUGUGCUCUCGGAUUCUGCGGGGCAUCCGCGGUUUCGGCGGACGACGGUUCGGGGGAUUAUUGGCUGGCAACCGCACUGGACACUUGUGUGCGUUCCAGCGGACAACACUGACGAAUCUUCAGGCAAGAUCGGGGCUUCACCCAGCUCGCAAGACAUACUGGGUCCCGCCGCUGCGGACCUCGACUUGUCACAGGCCCAUCUCGAGCUUUGUCUGGAUCUCGAGUUGCCUCUUGUGAUUGUCAUCACCAAAUACGAUCUCGCCACCAAGGCUGGCCUGCGCCAGACGCUAUCAAAACUGCUAUCGGCUCUCAAAGAGGCUGGCCGCAAACCAUGCAUCAUCUCUGACCAGGCGACAUCCACGUUGGACGUUGACAUUCAGCAGAUUUCUGCGUCCGACCUCCGAGAAGCCGAAAGUACGGCGAAGCAGCUAGCCUCGUCGCCCCUCGCGAUUGUGCCAAUAGUCUUGACGAGCGCAGUCAAGGGCACUGGGAUCACCAAACUCCACGCUUUCCUGCGACAACUGCCUGUCCCUGUCGAACCACCCCUGCCAGACCAAUCUCCGUCGCACCUGUUCUACAUCGAAGACGUCUACAGCGUCCGCGCCAACACAUCACCAGAUCGGUCCGCCAUUAUCGGAGGUUAUUUGCGCCACGGACGACUGACGGUCGGCGAAGAGCUGCUACUCGGCCCGUAUCCGAUCGACACCAGCUCCGACGACAGCGACAGCGGAAGCGGCAGACCGCCCCGCAGCUCUCCCCUGACCACCUCGCGCUCGUACCCUGGCGCCCUGCACAAGCGCACCGCAACGUCGCGCGACCGCCACGUCGAGUGGCGCCGCGUCCGCAUCACGUCGCUGCGCAAUCUGCGCCUGCCCGUCCGAGCGCUGUACGCGGGCCAGCUGGGCACCGUCGCCGUCGAGCCCGUCCAUGGCCAGGUCCCCAUCGUGAGCCCCUCGAUCAACCGCAUCCGGAAGGGCAUGGUCCUGGCGAACCGGCAGCCCCUCGCGUCGAGGCUGCUCACGGUGCGCUUCGAGGGCGCGCAGGCGCGUGCGGCGGCCGCCGUGGUGGUCGGCUGCGCGGUCGUCGUCUAUGUCGCCAGCGUGCGCGCCUCGUCCAAGGUCAUCUCCGUCGCGUCUGAGACACGGCCCGGGCUGGUCGGCGAGACGGAUGACGACGACGACGACGACGAUGCGUUUGGCUUUGGCUUCGACGACGAGGCCGACGACGUGCACGGCGGGGCUGCGCCGGCCGCCGUCACGGUGGGGUUUCAGUUCAUCGGGUCGCGCGAGUUCAUCGAGCAGGGCGCAAAGGUGCUGGUGAUGCCCGGAGGGGCUCCAGCGGGGGGAACCGAGAGGGCAGCGAAAAGCGCCACGGGUCUUGAGGGCUUCGUGGGCCACGCCGUCGAGCAGUAGAUGAAUACGCCGUCGAGCAGUAGAUGAAUACGCCGUCGAGCAGUAGAUGAAUACGCCGUCGAGCAGUAGAU